AUGUGGUUUAACUGUGCAAAGCGAUCAUCACAUAGGGGAAUUUUAAUUGGGAUAAUUCCGAGUAUUAUUACGUGGAGGUUAUGGGCACGGCAGUGUAAAGCUCGUAUGGAGGGGGUUCAACUUUCGAUUGACUCGGUAUGGAUGGAGAUAAAGUUCUGGAUACAUCAUGUAUCGGAAAAUCUUUUAAAGGUAACAAGUUUGUCUUCAACGGACCGAAAACUGCUUAAUGAUUUGGAGGUGCCCAUAGUUCCUGUAAAGAAGAGAGUUCCGAAGUGUAUUAAGUGGUGGAGGCCAUCUGCAGGUUGGGUUAAAUUGAAUAUUGAUGGGAGUUGUCAAGGGAAUCCGGGAAAUUGUGGUGGGGGUGGGGUUAUAUGUGAUUCUACUGGUAGUCUGAUAGCUGCUUUCUCAGAAUCCUAUGGUUUUGGAACUAAUAAUAAUCGGAGUUAA